GAUGCCAUAAGCUCGUUGUCGACACGCUGUUUACUACAAAGUCCUCCAGGAAAAUCCAACAAACCACGUUGCCUGAAAACAGUGAGCGCUUUUCAGUUUACGCAACAUCGCCUAAAUUGGUGCGACUUCACCACGUCCAAGCUCUUUGAGUCCGUACACAGUAUCAACUGGAACUAUGGCCUCGUUCUUCGAAGCACUCUGGGAAUCCAUAUUCACCCCAGGUCCGACGCCGACGCUACUGGUGGCCACAAAUGUCACAUUUGCCGCCUUGCAAGUGGUGCUAGCCGUCCUCCUAUUCGCAACAUACAGCGUGCACUUCAUGGUGCUCUCGGUGCUCUGCGGUGGCCUCUGGGCUGCAAUCAACUGGUUUGCGCGGGAGCUGAAGGAACACCAGCUGCAAGAGGAAGAGAAGGCCCGGCGCGCAUUAGCAGCCCACCCGCCACCCGUCAUUUCAGAUGAAAGCGAGACCGAAGUUGAAGGGGCAAAACCGACCACAAGCCUACAACAAGGAACAGGGUCAGCAACUAAACCUUUGGCUGUGAGCAGUGUUUCUAAACCGGUCGGGAUGCAGGGGGAGCUUAAGCACAGGGCUGCCGAGGGAAUUUCCAGCUCAAGCCAAGGCCACAGGAGCAGUGUUAGCACCGAGGAUGAGUGGGAGAAGAUAUCGGAGAACGAGAACGAGAAGAAUAACAAGCGCGUAUAUUGGAUUGUAUAUACGUUAGCGAGGUUGACCAGAUAACCUGAGAGUUAACGGUGGUGAACUGGUUCAAUCAAGUUCAAUACGUAUCUUAUCUACGACUGACCCAAGCAGCCAUGCCACAUAGUAGUUAUCCCUAGGUACUUUAUCUGGCUGUCAAUCCCAGUCUGAAAUUAAAGGAAGCACAGAUUGCCAUAUGUCUGUCUACAUUUAAUCAGCCGAGUUGUCUCCAGGAGUCCAAAGCCGUGAGGGUUGCGGGGUGCUCUGGUGCUCCCCACGUUAUGAGCCUGCCUUUGAUUGGCUACAUUGGUCAGAUGCUACAGUACUGAGUACACAGGAAUGCAGAGCACGUGAUCCCAAA